UAAGACAUUUAAAAAUGUAAAUGAAACAGCAUGUUCUGCUUUAUUUGUGUAUUUUGUCUAUCAUAAUUUGGUCUCGGUCCUAAAUUAAAUUUAUCGAUAUUGCGAAAUUCGCCGUGAAUGACAUAAAGUGAAGUGUAGUACAGUGAAUGUCGACCACCAUUCUACUGUGUUCUGCCCAAUUGUGCACUUGUUAGCGCUCUAUUAGCUCAAAAAAUGGCAGAUAGUUCAGAUGAGGAAUAUCUGCACACCGAAUGGGUGCCAUAUAGCGAACGUGCCGAAUGGUCCGAUAUAACGCCGCUGCCACAGGAUGAUGGACCCAAUCCUGUUGUUUCUAUAGCGUACUCUCCGAAGUUUCGUGAGACAUUUGAUUACAUGCGCGCCAUUAUUGCCAAAGGUGAAAAAUCGCAACGUGCUUUGGAGUUGACCACCGAAGCAUUGCGUCAAAAUCCAGCCAAUUAUACGGUAUGGCAAUAUAGACGUGAUAUACUGCGGGAAUUGAAAGCCAAUUUGCAAGAUGAAUUGGACUAUCUGGAGGAGGUUAUUGGACAGAAUGCCAAGAACUAUCAAGUGUGGCACCACAGACGGGUCAUUGUCGAAAUGAUGAAUUGUCCCAAGUGGGAGUUGGAGUUGACACAGAAUGCGUUAGACAAUGAUGGCAAUGCAAAGAACUAUCAUGCUUGGCAGCAUCGUCAAUGGGCCAUACGCACAUUCAACCUCUAUGACGACGAGCUGGACUUUGUCGAUCGUUUGAUUUGCGAGGAUCCACGCAACAAUUCGGCCUGGAAUCAACGUUUCUUCGUGCUCAAGCAUUUUGGUUUUACCCCAGAGAUUAUCAAAAGAGAAGUCGAGUAUGCCAUGAAUCGCAUACGCGUCAUCAAGAAUAAUGAGAGUCCAUGGAAUUUUUUGGUUGGAGUACUGAGACAAAGCGAAAGCGGAAAGCUCAAUAGCCAGCCGGAGGUAGUCGAGUUUAGCCAGGGCCUAUACAAUGCCGGCAAUCGUUCACCCUAUCUGCUAGCCUUCCUAAUUGAUCUCUAUCAGGAGCAGGCACUGGAAACGAAACAGCAAGACAACAGUGACAGCAGUGCCCAAAAGGUUUAUACUAUGUGCGAGGAUAUGGCUAGCAAACACGAUGUUAUACGUUGCAAAUAUUGGCAAUACGUGGCGUCACAUUUGAAGAUGCAGCUGGCCAAGCAAGCGGAAGGAUUUGAUUAGUUUUUUAAUUUAUGUACAAUUAAUGUAUGCGCUUUCCCUUCAGGCAUAUUUUUCGUAAUUUACAGAAAUACAUACCAUGUUAGAUAAUAUACAACAUUUAUAAAA